AUGUCCGAAGCACCUCAGAAGAGACGGCGCGUCCAACGUUCACCAAGUCCUGGAUACAAGCUAGACGACGACGACAACUAUGUUCCAUACGUACCGGUCGCUCAGCGACGUCAGGAGAAGCUAGCCAAAAUCACUUCAUGGACCGCUAAUUCCGACAGAGACCGUGCUCGACGCCAGAAGGAGGAAAUGGAGGAACAAGAAGAUGCCGAGAAGGAAGAGGAGCGCCGAAGAGAGAAAGCUCGGAAGGAAAGGACGUUACUCAUGGAGGCUCAAGAGGUCCACACCAAGAAGGACAUAGAAGGCGCGUACUCCAAAAAGACAGAUUAUCAGAAAGCCGAAGAAGCGGAUGCUGAGAUUCUCGCUGCAAUAGCCAGUCGGAGAAAGCUCGCCUCUGAUUUGGAGUUAGCAACAGGCGUGCAAUAUACAGAGCCCUUGAAAUCAUCGUGGCGACCGCCCCGGUAUAUUCGCGAACGGACCGAAGAGCAGCACAAAAAAAUACGCGAGAAGCACCACAUUCUCGUUGAUGGAGAAAACAUCCCGCCCCCCAUCGAGCACUUCCAGGAUAUGAAAAUACCGGGAUCUAUUCUCGACUUUCUGAAGACGAAGCGGAUUACUGACCCAACACCUAUCCAGCUGCAAGGAAUACCCACUGCUUUUGCAGGGCGUGACCUCAUAGGUAUUGCUUUCACAGGUUCAGGCAAGACCCUCGCAUUCUGUCUACCCCUGAUCAUGAUGGCUUUGGAAGAAGAGGCCAAACUUCCUCUCGUUCGUGGCGAAGGCCCUGUUGGUGUCAUCCUUUGUCCAUCUCGUGAGCUAGCCAACCAGACUUACGAGAACGUUCUCGCUUGGUGCGAAGCUCUCGCCAAGGACGGAAGGUAUCCGCAUCUGAACACUCUUUUAUGCAUGGGAGGCAUUUCAAUGGGCGAACAGAGCCAUGUUCUCAAUAAGGGCCUUCACAUCGUGGUGGCUACGCCCGGUCGUCUUAUCGAUAUGUUGGAGAAGAAGAAAUUCACUUUCAACAACUGCAAAUACUUGUGCAUGGACGAAGCGGACAGAAUGAUUGACCUUGGCUUCGAGGACGAUGUCCGUAACAUCAUGAGCUUCUUCAAGCGGCAGCGCCAGACAUUGCUCUUCUCUGCCACUAUGCCCAAGAAGAUCCAAGAUUUCGCUCAACAAUCACUCAUAAAACCGAUAUUAGUCAAUGUCGGCCGUGCAGGUGCGGCGAAUCUGGACGUUCUUCAAGUGGUCGAAUACGUGAAGCAGGAGGCGAAGAUGGUGUAUCUGUUGGAGUGCCUGCAGAAAACGGCUCCUCCCGUUAUCGUUUUCAGCGAGAAUAAAAACGAAGUCGAUGAUAUUCAGGAGUAUCUUCUACUGAAGGGUGUCGAGGCCGUUGCCAUCCAUGGAUCCAAGAGUCAGGAGGAGCGGCAAUACGCCAUCAAGUCAUUCAAGUCGGGUGCUAAAGAUGUAAUGGUCGCGUCGGGAGUCGCCUCAAAAGGUCUCGAUUUCAACGAUAUCCAGCACGUCAUCAUCUUCUCCAUGCCCAAGGAAAUCGAAGACUACGUGCAUCAAAUCGGUCGCACGGGUCGAAGUGGCAAAACUGGCAUUGCGACCACUUUCGUCAACAUGAACACGCCGGAACAAACGCUUCUGGAUCUCAAAUAUCUCUUGAUGGAAGCUGGUCAGAAAGUUCCGCCGUUCCUCGCUUCAAUCGACGACCCUCGCGCCGUACAAGGUGGUUCUCUCAAAGGUUGUCCUGUCUGUGGAGGUCUCGGGCACGGUAUAUCCAAUUGUCCGAAGCUGGAGGAUACCCAAAGGCGACAAAUGGCAUCCCAUCGCGCAGCCAACGAUGCUGGCGGUGGGUUCUAG